AUCGCGUAUGUAAAUGAGAGGCAGUGUGUGUGCGCGCACAUUUCAUCACUUCAGGUAUGUGUUGUGCCUUGUGGAAGUGAAAGGGUGGAGAGCCUGAAGAGCCUGAAGUUUACAUCGGUGUCAGAAAACUCUUCCCGAGCUACAGUUUAAACUUACAGAGAUGGCAGAGGCUCACCAAGCAGUAGCGUUUCAGUUCACCAUCUCUCCUGAGGGGAUCAAUCUGCAUCUGUCCUACCAAGCCCUCAAUCAAAUCUACCUGUCCGGACUGCGAUCCUGGAAGAAACGCAUCAGCAGGAUUAAGAACAGAAUCAUUAAAGGCGUAUACCCAGCUAGCCCCUCCUCUUGGCUUUUUGUUGUCAUAGCAAUCAUGGCCACUAUGUACAUGCAGUCUGAUCCAUCUAUGGGCCUCAUUGCCAAGAUCCGGGAGCGCAUUCCCCUCAGUUUGUCACUGAGCACUCAAGGUCAGACUAUGCUGUCGGCGCUGCUGUUUAGCACUUUGCUGUGGUUGUCUCUCAUUCUGGCCCUGAGGUUCUGUCUGAAGCUUCUCCUGUCAUACCACCGAUGGAUGUUCGAGCAACAUGGAUGCAUUUCUACCAAGACUAAAGUCUGGGCGACCCUAGUUAGGUUGCUGUCCGGAAGAAAGCCAUUACUGUACAGUUAUCAGACGUCUUUACCGCACCUGCCUGUACCUCCCAUUAAAGACACUUUGGAAAAAUAUCUUGAGUCAGUGAAGCCUUUGCAUGACGCAGCUGGUUUUCAGCGAAUGAAGAGACUGACUGCUGAGUUUGAAAAAAGUCUGGGUAACCGCCUACAAAGAUAUCUCAAACUCAAAGCGCUGUGGGCCACAAACUAUGUUAGUGACUGGUGGGAAGAGUAUGUUUACCUCCGGAGCCGGAGUCCUAUCAUGGUCAACAGUAACUAUUAUGGCAUGGAUUUCCUAUAUGUGACUCCCACGGCCAAUCAGGCAGCUCGAGCUGGGAAUACCAUCACUGCCCUGUUCCUAUAUCGCCGCAAGGUCAACCGGGAGGAGCUCAAUCCUAGUCGUAUUCCUGGUACGGUCAUACCACUGUGUGCAGCUCAGUGUGAACGUAUGUUCAACACCACGCGCACACCGGGAGAGGAGACGGAUGUGCUGCAGCAUUGGCAGGACAGCGAGUUUGUCGCUGUGUACCACAGGGGCCGCUACUUCAAGUUAUGGGUCUACCAAGCAGGACGUCUGCUGUCACCCAGAGAGAUCCAGUAUCAGAUUCAAAGGAUCUUGGAUGACCCUUCACCCCCUUCUCCAGGAGAGGAGAAACUAGGAGCGCUGACAGCAGGAAACAGAACACCCUGGGCUCAGGUGAGGAAGCAGUUCUUCAGCUCUGGAGUUAACAAGCGAUCACUGGACUGCAUUGAGAAAGCAGCAUUCUUUGUCACACUAGAUGAUCAGGAAGAAGGCAUGAUGGGGGAAGAUCCCUCUGUGAACUUGGACCGCUAUGCUAAAUCCCUCCUUCACGGAAAAUGCUAUGACAGGUGGUUUGAUAAGUCAUUUUCUGUUGUGGUGUAUAAGAAUGGAAAGAAUGGGCUGAACGCAGAACAUUCAUGGGCCGAUGCUCCUAUAGUGUCCCACCUGUGGGAGUUCACUCUGGCCACAGACACAUUUCAUUUGGGUUACACUCCGGAUGGGAAUUGCAGGGGAGAGGUUGAGCGCUCCUUACUCCCUCCUCAACGUUUGAGCUGGGACAUACCAUUGGAGGUUCAGACACAAGUUUCUGAGUCCCUUGCUGUUGCGCAAGCACUGGCUGAUGAUGUGGACUGUCACGUGUUUCCCUUCAGAGAAUUUGGGAAAGGCUGCAUUAAAAAAAUGAAAAUGAGCCCAGAUUCUUUUGUGCAGCUGGCCCUGCAGCUGGCUUAUUAUAGGGAAAGAGGGACUUUCUGUCUGACGUAUGAAGCCUCCAUGACGCGUCUGUUUCGCGAGGGUCGCACGGAGACUGUACGCUCUUGCUCCAAUGAAAGCUGCGCCUUUGUCCUUGCACUGGAUGUGGGAGAGGACAGAGAACAUUGCCGCAAGCUGUUUCGAAAGGCUGCUGAAAAGCAUCAGAAUCUCUACCGCUUGGCUAUGACUGGAUCUGGCAUUGAUAGGCACCUCUUCUGCCUAUAUGUGGUCUCAAAAUACCUGGGAGUAGAGUCUCCUUUCCUUAAAGAGGUUUUGUCAGAGCCUUGGCGCCUCUCCACCUCUCAGACCCCUGUGCAACAGAUGGAGUUGUUUGAUCUGGUUAACCAUCCUGAUUUCAUCUCGUUGGGAGGAGGCUUUGGUCCGGUGGCUGAUGAUGGCUACGGUGUAUCUUACAUCAUCAUGGGAGAGGAAAUGAUCAACUUCCAUGUGUCCUGCAAGCACUCCUGCACAGAGACUGAUUCUCAUAAAUUUGGCUCUCAAAUCAGUCAAGCAAUGUUGGACCUUAUGUCUCUGCUGAACCCAGACUUCAAAGAAUCAACAAAAUCCAACCCUGGCAAACAGUCAUAAAUCCUGACAGGAAGACCGAAUGCACAUUUGUUUGAAUAUGGGUUUAUAUUUAUGUUAUUUGUGGAUGUUAUAUUUAAUUCUUUGAUGUUUGGAGGGUUUGAGAGUGUGAUUAUAGAGGAGCUAUCCCUGUGUCAAUACUGAAAAUAACUAGUAAAGUUUCUGGUUUUGCUAACUGCUGCUAUGGCGGUUUUUCUUUAUACAAUAUAUCACUAAAAUAAGUGUCCUAAAAGGAAUAACAUUUUGUGUGUGUGUACAAGUUUGUUGACAUAGUUGUCUUCCAGGGUGUGGUUAUGAAAAUAUGAUGUGUGGUUUAAGCUACAGCGUUAGUAAAUCAGGGAGUUAGCAGACAAUCUCUCAUGGCAGCUUUAAUAUUAAUAUGUUCUGUUAUUUUUAUUCACUGUGGGAAAAAAUGUGCAAAAAUUGUACCUUUUAUGUUACAACAGCUUGUUAUUGGGACAGUACCCUUAAGGGACAAUUUCAUGCCUUAUAUUCCCCUAAAAGGUGCAUAUUCAUGCUGUAGAGUAGUAAUAUGUACCCUAAAGGUAACCUUUUAGGGGUAAAUAAGAUACAAAGUAUAUAUUGUAGUGUAGCUUUUAAUGUAUAUGUUGUUUCAUUUUUUAGUAAAUUAAUUUGUAGAGAAGAUUAUUUUGCUGGCAAGGAAGAUUCCCCCUCAGUGAUUUAAGAAAUGCUGCGGUUGUUUUCUCUUUUGAAAUAUCAGACAUAAAAAAUGUCUGUUAGAUAUGAAUGAAUUGAUCAUUUGAGGAAAUUACAUCUGUCUGUUACCAAAGAGGUCUACAGUACAUGGAAAAACUAUCAGCAUUCUCAUUCAUGUUCGGUGCUCUGCUGAUGCUGUGCUAACCAGGCAAAUCUUGAAGAAAAAAAUCUGUUUAGUGACAUUAUCUUGGCAGGUGUUCAAAUAUUGAAUUCACUGGUUCAGGAAUGACAAUAAAUGAUCCAUUAAUCUCUUGCCAGAAGUUUAUGAUCAACUUGCCAAGAAUGAAUGGAUCUGAGAGCUGAUGCAGCACAGUUUAAGUAACUCUUUAGAAACUUCCUGGUGAUUUAAUAUAGCAUAAUGUGAUAUCCAGAGGAAUAAUUUGUUUUUAAUGACCCAAAUUAUGUUUUUAAUGAUGAUCGUUAAUGCUAGAGUUGUGUUUGUCUGCCUGUUUUUAUUUUGAGUGUGGAUUAUUAAAGCCUUUUUACCUGUU